GCAUGAAGUGCCUAUAAAGCUAAGCGUCAGAAAAAACUUUGAUUUAGUUGAAGUUCGUUAGAUCUAACAGUUAGACAGUUGCAACAGCCAGAAGAUGCAUUUCACACAAGUUUUUCUAAUGUGUGCCCUGCUCGCCGCAGCACUCCUCUACACACCAGCCUCGGCUAAGUGCAACACGUGCGGUGUGAACGGUAUUGCUUGUGUCAGCGAGAAUUCCUUCAACAUUUGCUACAAGGGUAAUCCAGACGCGUCGGCUGUCUACACUUGUCCGGAGGAUCAUGUUUGUGUCUCCGACAGCGGCAAGUGCGUGCCAAAGUCUAAUGCCGUAGCUGAUUGCGCCGCAGCAAAAAACACCUGCGGCGUCUGCAGUGGCAAUAAACUCUUCACUUGCCUCUCGCCAACCACUUUUGCUCAGUGUAAUGGUGAAACGUUGUUGCGCAGUAUCGGCGGUUAUUGUCCCAGUGGUUUGACUUGUGAUUCGUCGCGUCCGGAAAUAUGUACUGUUGGCGGUGCGGAGUGUGCAAAUUGAGGGAAUUAGAGUUUAAGGGUUUAUAAAAAGUAAGUUUAUGUGUUGUAGAAUUCGGUAAAAAAAAAAAAUAAAAAAUUAAAUAUAAAAAAAUAAAAAAAAAAA